UAUUUACUAGAAUAUCCCAUAUAUAUAUGUGUGUGUAUUAUUGAGUCACUCUCACUGUCAUCACUAGCUCUCCCAAACACUCUCUUCCUCUCUCCCAUGGUUGCCUUCUCCUCCUUAUCAUCAACAUGUCCUCCUCCCAUUUCUCCCUCCCAAGGUGGACCCGAGUUCUCCGGCGCCAGAACUCCCAGAUCGACGACGCCGACAACAACCACAACUCCAACAACAUCGAAGACAUCAUCAACGCCCCAAUUAUCAGCAACUCUGUCGAAUGUUACGCCUGCACUCAGGUGGGGGUCCCAGCCUUCCAUUCCACCAGCUGCGACGGCGCCCACCAGCCCCAGUGGGAGGCCUCCGCCGGCUCUUCCCUGAUUCCCAUCCAAUCCCGCUCCGAUCUCAAAAAAGGAAUCUCCCGCCACCGCCCAGCCGGCCCCUUCGGCCCCGUCCUCGACCCCCGCAGCAAGCGCGUCCAGCGCUGGAACCGCGCGUUCCUCCUCGCACGUGGGAUGGCGCUGGCCGUCGACCCGCUCUUCUUCUACGCCCUCUCUUUCGGAAGAAGCGGAACCCCUUGCCUCUACAUGGACGGAGGGCUGGCAGCAAUUGUCACCGUGCUCCGCACGAGCGUGGACGCCGUGCACCUGUGCCACCUGUGGUUGCAGUUCCGGCUGGCGUACGUAUCGAGGGAGUCGCUGGUGGUCGGCUGCGGAAAGCUCGUGUGGGACCCACGUGCGAUCUCCUACCACUACCUUCGAUCUCUCAAAGGUUUCUGGUUCGACGCCUUCGUCAUUCUCCCCGUUCCUCAGGCAGUAUUUUGGCUGGUUCUUCCAAAAUUGAUCAAAGAAGAGAAGGUUAAGGUGAUAAUGACCAUUCUCCUUUUAAUUUUUUUGUUCCAAUUCCUCCCAAAAGUCUACCACAGCAUCUCCUUGAUGAGAAGAAUGCAAAAGGUCACAGGCUACAUAUUUGGCACCAUUUGGUGGGGUUUUGGCCUCAACCUCAUUGCCUACUUCAUUGCUUCUCACGUUGCCGGGGGAUGCUGGUAUGUGCUCGCGAUUCAGCGCGUAGCUUCGUGCCUAAGACAGCAUUGUGACCAAAAUGUCAAUUGUAAUCUCUCUCUGUCUUGCUCGGACGAAGUUUGCUACGAGUUUUUGUUACCGGCCGCCACGAUUGGCAACCCUUGUGGAGGGAACACGACAACAAGCGUGAUGAGAAAGCCACCACUCUGCUUGGAUGUAAAUGGCACAUUCAACUAUGGAAUCUAUCAGUGGGCUCUUCCUGUCAUAUCUAGCAACUCCCUUGCUAUUAAGAUUCUCUAUCCCAUAUUCUGGGGCCUAAUGACUCUCGGCACAUUUGGGAAUGAUCUUGAACCUACAAGUCACUGGUUAGAAGUGAUUUUCAGCAUAUGCAUUGUGCUUAGUGGGUUGCUGCUCUUCACUUUGUUGAUUGGAAACAUUCAGGUAUUUCUCCACGCCGUUAUGGCAAAGAAAAGGAAGAUGCAGUUGAGGUGCAGAGACAUGGAAUGGUGGAUGAAGCGGAGGCAGUUGCCGUCUGGAUUGAGACGACGAGUACGCCAUUACGAAAGGCAUAGAUGGGUGACAAUGGGGGGAGAAGAUGAGAUGGAUUUGAUCAAAGACUUGCCGGAAGGGCUCCGAAGGGAGAUUAAGCGCCAUUUAUGCUUAGACCUCAUAAAAAAGGUUCCCCUGUUCCACAACUUGGAUGAUCUUAUUCUUGACAAUAUGUGUGAUAGGGUUAGGCCACUGGUCUUCUCCAAAGAUGAAAAGAUAAUUAGAGAAGGAGAUCCUGUGCCGAAGAUGCUAUUUAUCGUACGAGGGCGCAUUAAGCGCACCCAAGGCCUAAGCAAAGGCAUGGUGGGAACCAAUGUGCUUGAACCGGGAGGGUUUUUUGGCGAUGAGCUGCUCUCCUGGUGCCUUCGCCGGCCAUUCAUGGACCGCCUUCCAGCCUCAUCCGCGACAUUCACCUGCAUUGAAUCAACAGAAGCAUUUGGCCUCAAUGCAGGCGAUCUGAGAUACAUGACGGAUCACUUCCGCUACAAAUUUGCCAACGAAAGGCUUAAGCGAACGGCGAGAUACUACUCUUCAAAUUGGAGAACAUGGGCAGCGGUGAAUAUACAAUUCGCUUGGCGCCGGUACAGGUUGAGGACUAAUGGAGGUCCCGUGAUUCCUGUGAUUCCAAAUGGAAGCUCUGAGAGGAAGCUGUUGCAGUAUGCUGCAAUGUUCUUGUCGCUUAGGCCACAUGAUCACCUUGAGUAAUAGCACUCUAUUACUGCUCAAUAAAAUCUUGUUUGUGUGGUCUUCAGAUCAUGUUCUAAUCCACUUUCCCUAAUUAACACAUCAAUCAAAGAAAUGGUCUGAAAAUGUAGGUAAAUGUGGCAUUAGUGUAUGUAGAAACAUUGUUCUAUGCUAAUAUCAUCUUCAUUACUAUUACUUUCAAGAGAAUUAAGAUAUUCUUAACUAUUUCAA